CUCAGCCAACUUUCUUUUUCUGCUUUUCAAGAACCUAUCUUGUAAUGGCUUUAAGAACCCACAAAGAAGGCAUCUGUUUUUAUCUGCUUACCCUGCUAGGUGCUUGGGCAGCUUCUACCCAGACUGGAGGUAGAAAGUCUGAAUGCCCAUCCUGUGGGGUACAAGACAAAGAGGCCAUGAUGGAGAUGGCCAAGCAACAGAUACUGCAGAAAUUACAUCUAAAGGAAAGGCCAAACAUCACACACCCCAUUCCUAGAGCGGCAGUGGUCAAUGCUCUACGCAGACUGCAUCUAACAAAGCCUAGAAUGGAAGGUCUUUUUGGGUCUCCAAGCUGGGACAGCAAUAGUGAGAAUUAUGAGACAGAGCAACAAAGUUAUGAGAUCAUCAGCUUUGCCGAAUCAGAAAACUAUAACAAGUCCAGAACAUCUCUGACUUUCCAGUUUACCAGAGAUAAUGAACAAGAUGUCCAUGUUCUGCAAGCCCAUCUCUGGGUCUACUUCAAGGCCAACAGAACGACCCAGGCCAAUCAGACUGUUAGACUAUAUUUGGUGCAAGAGUCCGAAAGUGAACGUAUUUUACUAAAUGAGAAACAUCUCGAGCCAAGGUGGACUGGCUGGCAAACAUUUCCAUUGAGGCAAAUGCUGCAGACAUUCUUUGAUGAAGGGAAUAAAAGCUUAAAACUAGAACUUGAUUGUGAGAGAUGCGAGAACAUGCCUGCCAUUCUCAAUACCAAUGAUUCCUUCCAACCAUUUCUCGUAGCACAAGCAAAGGUACGAGAGCAAAGCCACCAUGCUUCCAAAAGAAGUCUCAAAUGUGACCAGAAUUCUAACCUUUGCUGCAGAAAAGACUAUUAUGUAGAAUUUAAGGACAUUGGAUGGAAUGAUUGGAUUAUAAAACCUGAAGGAUACCAAAUAAACUAUUGCAUGGGCCUUUGUCCAAUGCACAUGGCUGGGGCACCUGGCAUGGCCGCCUCAUUCCAUACCACAGUCUUCAAUCUCAUUAAAGCUAACAAUAUCCAAACAGCAGUCAGUUCCUGUUGUGUUCCAACAAAAAGAAGACCUCUAUCCAUGCUUUAUUUUGAUAGAAAUAACAACAUUGUAAAGACUGACAUACCUGAUAUGAUUGUGGAGGCAUGUGGAUGUAGCUAAAGUCACCAUUAUAAGUGAAUUAGCUUCCAAACCACACAUGAGGUCUUGACGAUUAACAUGUGGCUUUAUAAUACUUGACAACUGGAUGAUUCUUCUUAUGAAUGCAUAACACUGAAAUACUGUACACAUCUGAAAGAUUCUGAAAAAGUGGCCCUUCAUUUUCAGAAUUGGCCUGAAAAACGAUUGCUUGCUUAAAGCCGAACUUUUCUUCUGAGACAUUUUGAUACUUGAGGCUCAGACCACCACACAUACUAGUUUUUUAUGUACACGCUAUUCUUCCAAUAGCAAUAUGAUCAAUGUAAUGAACACUACCAAAGAUUACGCACCCAACAUUCUAAAGGAAGAAAGACUUCAAGAAUCUAUCCAGUUUUUUCUAGCAUCUUGUUACAGAAUAAAUGUGCCAAAAUUAAAAUCUGAAAAGAGGAAAUGAAACCUUCAGAGACAUUUUACA